UCCUAAAAAAAAUAAAAAAUAAAAUCUCUCUCUAAUCAGAUUUUUCUUUUUUAUUAUAUGGUAUCGGAUUACUGGAUGUUAUUGAAAAUUGCGGUGGCGUUGAUAACGCAGAAGAUGUCGGUAAGAUAGGACAGAGAUUGGUACCUGUUCAAAGCCUGGUGAGGUGUAUAUUAAAUAGUAGGUUGCCAUUGGCCAAAAUGGUAAAAGGAGAAUGCGAAGACCAACAACAGUGAUGUCAUUCAGACUCAGACAUGGCGUGCCGAACCUUUCUUACAAAGUCUGAAUUAUAGUUGAGAUAGGGAAUCAAUAAGAAGAGUCAACCAUUUCUGUUUCCUUCUCCUUCAAUCUCAAUCUUAACAUAAUUCCCAUCUUCAUUCUGUGUUCAAGACAAGUUUUCUAUUCUUCCCUUUUCAUGCUUUCAUUGCUCCCUUCACAGGUUUAAAUUCAACUAUUCUUUGAAAAGACAUGGGCGGAGUUUGUUCAGGAGGGACUAAACACAUAAAUACCAAGUCUAUACAGAAGGUUUCUAAGUUUUUUGAGAAGCAGAAGUUAGCCAAGGGCAGUGAGCAGAUAGAGAAUAAUCGUGAUUCAAAUGCCAAUGCACAUGCUGUAGUGAAGAGGAGGCAGGGAUACACUUUUUGCGAGCUUCCAAUUCCAUUUUCCAGAGAAUUGCUGCCAUCAACACCUGCUAAGAUGGCUACUAAGGUUUACCAGAAGAACUCAUUUCUGGGAAGAGCUGGCAUCAUCGGCCUGGAGAGGACCAUAGAUGUUCUAGACACUCUGGGAAGUAGCAUGUCAACUUUGAAUUCUAGGAGUGGGUUUGUCUCUGGCAUUUCUUCUAGAGGAAGUAAAAUAUCCAUAUUGGCAUUUGAAGUUGCCAAUACAAUAUCAAAAGGUGCAAAAUUGUUCCAAUCUCUUGCAGAAAAAAAUAUACAGGUCUUGAAAAAAGAGAUAUUGCAUUCAGAAGGAGUGCAACAACUAGUUUCCACAAAUAUGAAAGAGUUGCUAAGUAUUGCUGCUGCUGACAAGAGGGAGGAAUUGGAUGUUUUCUUGCAGGAAGUGAUCAGAUUUGGAAAUCUUUGCAAGGACCCACAAUGGCACAACCUGGAUCGGUAUUUUUCUAGUUUAGAUUCAGAGAAUAUAAACCAUAAACAGCUUAAAGUAGAGGCACAGUUGAGAAUGCAAGAGUUAACUACUUUAGCACAGAAUACUUCAGAAUUGUAUCAUGAGUUGCAUGCUCUGGACAGAUUUGAACAAGAUUACCAGCAAAAGCUUCAGGAAGUGGAUUCCUUAAAUCUUCCUCGAAGAGGAGAGACUCUUAUGAUUCUACACAGUGAGCUAAAACAGCAGAAAAAGCUUGUCAAGAGCUUGCAAAAGAAAUCUCUAUGGUCUAGAAAAUUAGAGGAGAUCAUGGAAAAGCUUGUUGAUAGUGCCACCUAUAUGCAUCAAGCAAUCUUGGAAGCAUUUCAAAAUAGUGGUAAGACAAUGGUGAUUAAUGAACCCAGAACAAUCCAUCAAAGUCUCGGAGCAGCUGGACUUGCACUACACUAUGCUAACAUAAUCAAUCAGAUCGAUAAUAUUGCGUCUCGCCCUACCCAUCUUCCUCCUAAUACAAGGGACACAUUAUAUCAGGGAUUGCCAAACAGUGUCAAGACAACUCUGCGUUCGCGGUUGCAGAUUGUUGAUGUGAAGGAAGAGCUCUCAGCUUUUCAAGUGAAAGGAGAAAUGGAAAAGGUUCUUCAUUGGCUAGUUCCAGUUGCCACAAAUACAACCAAAAUGCACCAAGGUUUCGGCUGGGUUGGUGAAUGGGCAAACACUGGUCAUGAGUUCGGCAAAAGUGCAACCACAAACAACAAUCCAAUUCGCUUACAGACACUCUAUCAUGCGGACAAACAGAAAACGGAGAAAUUCAUCCUUGAAUUGUUGAUAUUGCUUCAUCGUUUGAUCAACAUGUUGAGACAUAGAGAUCAUGGAUUUCAGCCUCAGCCGACUAGUUCCCCAAUCAACAAGGAAACGGCUUUACUCUCUAAUAUGCAGCGGACUGGAUCUCUCAACAAUGGUGCUAAAAUCCAGUGGAUUCAGAUUUCUCAAGAGGAAAGAAAUUUGCUAGACAAAGUCAAUGGGAGAAGAAUAAUUCCAGGAAUAAGUAAAAGUCAAGAAUUUGUUACAGCCAACAAGAAAAGUCAAGUUUUUGCAUUGAGCAAAAGCAUGGGGAACUCUCCUAACAACAGGGAAUUCGGAGUGAGACACAGCUUAGACUUGGAUGUUGUGGAUGGGUUAAAUUCCAGGCUAUGAGCUUUUGUUUUUCGAUUAAAUCCAUUUGAGGGCCUUGAUUUUUUUUUUUUUGGUUCAUUUUAUUGUAUAUAUAAAUCUUAUAGAUUAUAGUCUCUUGUUUAUAUACUCCAUGGAUGGUGGUAUAUAUACUAUAAAGGUGAUAAUGAUAAUGAAAUUAUUAUAUGUAAAUGUUUCAACUUUA